AUGGACAGCGUCAAUUCUAGAUCAGAACUGUUCCCAAACAGAGCAUUUACGCCUCCUGAUAGCGUUUUUGCGAUGGACGAUGAUCACGAUCCAGAAUUUCAAGCGAGAAUGCCACUUCGACAUCACUCACCUUACGUUAGACUAAAAGCGCGGAUCAGUACGAGUCGAGGAAGACCCAUCCCCGAACCGAGCAAAUCGAGCAACAAAAGACCAAGAAAGAAGAUCAACGAAACCUAUGAGCCUGUUGGGACAAAAGGGCGCAGAAGAACCUUUACAGACGAGUCUUACUCCUCCGAUGGAUACCACAGAGAUCGUUGUUCUAUUUGUUGGGUUUUUCGUCGGUUUGGCAGCUUUGGCAUUAAUGGUUAUGAUAACGUUAGGAAUGCUAUCUCUUCCUUCGUGCCACGAUUGCAAGAAGGAGAUUGUGCCUGGUUCUUCCUCGAAUUCCGAAGCUUUUGGAUCAACGGAAGAAUUGUGGCAAAUUAUCAAAGAAUUAAGAGAAAACGUGAGCAGAUUGAGUGUGGCAGUUAG